AUGAGCACAGUGACCAGGCCUUCUUCUUCUUCUACAGCCACUGUCAUCUUAGAAAACCCUGUUUCUCAGUCACAGCCGACUGAAAGAUUAGUGCUUCGGCUUAACAGGAUAAAGAAGAAAGUCUCGUGGAAAGAAGGGACUGUUGAUAACGAGUUCAUGCAGAAGAAGAGUUCCAAGAAAUGUUGUAUCUUUCACAAACAGAAGCCUUUUGAUGAGGAUGACAGCGAAGAUGAUGAGGAUGAAGAUAACCAUCACCAUGAUCAUAACCAUGAACAUUGUGAGUCUGGUGAGGCCUCUUCGUCUAACGAUUCUAAGGCAGUUGACUAAUCGAUUGAGGUUAUUUACAUCAUGAUUUAGAUAUAUUUGAAAUAGAUCAUGGAAGAACACUGAAUUCGUCUGAGUUUUUUUUUGUUUUUUCAUGAUCUUCUCCUUCUCCUACCAAAGACAGUUACACUGGUUGGGCUUUAGUAGUAUAUGUACAUGUAAUUUUGCACAUUGUUAAUGAUAUUGCAACUUUGAUUUUAACAAAGCUGUAUUGACAAUUAUGUGACAUCAUCUUUUAAAAAAUGC